CCGAGAGCUGAGUCAGUGCAGAACGCCGGCGGCAGUUAUGGAGCUUUUGGGUCAGUCAGGAAUCAGAAACCGGCCCCACCGAGGCGGAUUACUGGGACGAUAGAGCGUGAAUCUCUUGCUUUUACUUUUCGUUAUAAACAAGAAGAAAAACGUGUUUUUGAUAAACAGAAAUGCCGAUUAAAACUCAGGAGAAGCGCUCGUCUUCGGGUGACCACAAUGUUAGCAUUAGGACCCUGUGAGUUUAUAAAGGGAGAAGGAAGUAAGAUGCCCACACUUUGAAUGACUCCAUUAACAUCUGCCGCUUGUACUGCGCACGGGGUUGCAUGUCUUGCCUGGAAGCCGCUGCUGGUUCCCUGCGAUAGAAACUUCGGGAUUUUUCCUGCAUGGACGCGGCUGCUGGCAGCUUGAUGGAGCACCUGGUGACGGAGCUGAACGUCUUGCUGAAGCUGCUGGACCAGGAGACCCUAAGUCCGGCCACGGCGGAGAAGAAGGCGGCCGUCAUCCACCUGCUCAGACGGCUGCCACCUUCAGUCAACGGGGCUGAUGGCAUAUACAUGAACACCGCGUUCCAGGGGAACGGCACGAGAUUCGUGGAAUCCCUCUUUGAAGAUUUUGACUGUGAUUUCAAGGAUUUCAGUAAUACAGAGAAGCCAGAGGAACAGAAGAGGGACAGCACUGUCCCCUCGAAAUCAAGUCUAGAGGAUUCACCGCCCCCUCUGCCCACCACAGCCCCCCCAGAAGAAUACUACGAGGUAGCUGAUCCGAUUGGUCCAGACUGUGCCCCCCAAACCAUUACCCCCCGGAACGACGACUCGGACGCCCUGAGCAGCUCUUAUGAGUCGUACGACGAAGACGAGGACGAGGCCAAAGUCCGGCAGCUGAGUCACCGGUGGACCUCGGGAGAAAAGGCAGCGGGCCCGGUGAAGCCAUAUCGCGUCUGUGCCGUCCUGCUGAGGAAGAGGCGCUUCGGCCAGUGGACCAAGCAGCUGACCCUCAUCCGGGAGGACAGGCUCCUGGGUUACAAGAGCUCCAAGGAUGUCACCCCCUGCAUCGACCUGCCGCUGACCCUGUGCAACGUCAUCUACGUGCCCAAAGACGGCCGGCGUAAGAAGCACGAGCUGCGGUUCUCGCUGCCAGGCGGCGAGGCGCUGGUGCUGGCCGUGCAGAGCAAGGAGCAGGCUGAGGGCUGGCUCACGGUGAUCAGGGAGGUGAGCAGUCAAGGAAACAUAAAUUAUGGGAUGGAUGGAUCCAUCUCUCCCAUGAUCCUUCGCAAGAUGGAGUUGGAUCAGAAGCUGUCCGCGGACAAGCACCCCCCCGACUCCCGGGGCUCGUCCCCCCACCCCACCAAGGACAGCCGUGAGAACGCUCAACCUUCAUCUAAUCUCUGUAAAGCGAAGCGAGGUGCUCUGUCGGGGCUGACGGGCACGAUGAGUCGAGCGGCGGGGCGUAAAAUCACCCGAAUUAUCAACUUCCCCAGGAAGAAAGCCCCCCUGCCCCAAGCCCCCCUCCUGGAUGAGAAGAAUCCCAGGCGUGGUCUCCUGAGUGUGCUGACGGAGCGCGGCUGGGAGGAGCGCCGGUGUUCUCUGUGGGCCGGCUCGCUACAGGUCCGGUCCGGCUGCGGAGACCCGGGCCCCCCGGUCACGGUGGAUCUGUGUGGCUGCGAAGUGGCCCCCGGACUCGACCCCAAGCACCCCUUUGCCUUCCGGAUCCUAAGAGGGGGGUCAGAGGUCAUCACGCUGGAGGCCUGCUCCUGCGAGGACAUGGGCCGUUGGCUCGGGCUGCUGAUGGCCGAGACCGGCUGCGGCGCCGACCUAGAUGCUCUGCGCUAUGAGUACGUGGAUUUGGAGGCCGUCUCCAGUGUGCGGGACGCAGCCCGGCGCUCAUUUCUCUGGGCGACCUCCACCAGCUCCACCUCAGUGGGAUCGGAAAUGUACGAUGAGGUGUCUUAUGAGGGAGUACAGCUUGAGGAACAGGGCCGCAAGCCAGUGGGCCAUGGGAAGCUGCUCUCAGCUGAUUCCAGCAGACACUCAAAUAACAGCCUCCAGGACACUAGAAGCCACGGCUCGAACACGAACCACUGUGGGAAGUACGGGAAGACGCGAGCGGAGGAGGAUGCCCGGAGAUACCGAUGUGAGGAGGAGGCGCUGGAGAAGGAGAAGGAGAAUAUCCGUAACACCCUACUCUCACUGCGCAAGGAGAAAAGGGAGGUCAGGGAGGAGCUGAAGAGUCCCGCAGGAAGACCGCAGAAGCUUCUGGAAGCGCGUCUAGCCCAGCUUGAGGAGUGCUGUAGGGAGAAGGAGGGCCAGCGGGUGGACUUAGAGUUAAAGCUGACGGAGGUGAAGGAGAACCUGAAGAAGUCUCUGGCAGGAGGCAUGCUGGGGGCGUCUGUGGAGAGCAGGACCACCGGCAAGGCAUCUACACCACAGGUUGAGAGAAAGAAGAGCGAGAGCCCCAACAGUAAUGCAGACCUUCCAGUCAGCAUGGGCUCCGAAAUCCGCAAGAGUGCCUUCCCGGUAUACGCAUCCACGCGCGGAAACGUCCUGCAAAAAGCCAAGGAAUGGGAGAUGAAGAAAGGAACCUAGGUGGACCAGGUUUCUCCCCACGGAACUUUCCGAGUGUUCUGAGUGUGGACUGUUUCUCCUGCCUCUCAUGAUAAAACUGAGCCUAAAAGCCAAUCUUUUUAAUCCCAUGGGCAGAAAUGAAACCUUCCGGUAUACCAGACAGUCACGUGCAGAUUUCAAAGGUGUCCGUCAUUUGGGGGGGGGUGAAAUCUGCCGUACGGAUGGGAUUCAGACGAUGCGUCGGGAGCGUUGCAGCACUGACACGGAUUCCAGAACACGCUCAUCACAGGCUUCCUUCUGAGUGUCGACAUGACUGACCAUAGUAGUGUGCCAAUCUUCCAUGAGUACGAUAGGGCAGACACUUGAAAAUAUGAGGGCUCUGGUGAAUGAUAGCAUGCAGUUUCAAAAGGCAGUAAGUAAAAAUGUAUGGUUACCAAAAAAGAACGAGCUCUUCAGCAAUCUAAAAUGGCAGGGGAUUUGAUUUAAUUCUCCUAAAGUUUGUUCUGUUCAUUUUUAGUAAAAAUUGUCCUGGUUCCUAAAUGACAUUACUUAUGGUUCUGAUCUAAAUAUCUACCUUUGAAAUUUACAAAUGUUGCACUUUAUUUAAUGUUGUUAAAUUCACGUUGUAUUCAGUGUAAACUGACAAAAAAAAACAGCAAACAGAAAUACGAUUUCAGAAUUAACUUUUUUACACACGUUUCUAUUUACAAUUUAUGUUGUUUUUAUGUUUUGUACUGUAUUUUUUAUUUUAUUUUUUGCUUUUGAUAAGAAAACUUGCAGAAAGAUCUGUGUAUCGGUAAACCUGAAAACCAAUGGCUCGCCACGGUUUUAUGAAUAAAUUCUGCACGAAACAU